CCGCCCUCGCAAAAGUCCCCGCCGGCCGCCUUCGCCGCCGCCACCACGCUGGGCGCCUCCAAGGCCGCCACCCCGCUCGCCAAGGUCUUCCUCCUCGCCGUGCUGGCCGGCGCCUACAUCUCGCUGGGCGCCCUCCUCGCCCUCUCGGUGGGCGGCGCCAGCCCGGGCCUGGCCGCGGCCAACCCGGGCCUGGCCAAGUUCCUCUUCGGCGCCGUCGGCCUCCCGCUCGGCCUGACCCUCGUCGUCACGGCCGGCGGCGAGCUCUUCACCGGCAACACCCUCCUCGUCGGCGCCGCCGCGCUCGCAGGCAAGGCCCGCUGGCCCGCCCUCGCGCUCAACUGGGCCGUCGCCUUCGUCGGCAACUUCCUCGGCUGCCUGCUCAUCGUCCGCCUCGCCGUCGCCGCCGCCUGCCUCACGCCCCCCAGCGUCGCCGUCGCCGUCGCCACCGCCACCGCAAAGGUCAGCAUGCCCUUCGCCAGGGCCUUUGUCAGGGGGCUGCUGUGCAACUGGCUCGUCUGUCUGGGCGUGUAUUUGAGCAACGCCGCCAGCGGCUUUGGCAGCAAGUUUCUGGCCGUCUUCUUGCCCGUCUCGGCUUUCGUCACUAUGGGCCUUGAUCACUCGGUCGCGAAUAUGUUCCUCGUGCCCAUGGGAAUGGCGCUGGGAGCCGAUGUGGGCUGGAAGACGUUUCUGAUGGCCAAUCUGUGGCCGGUUACGCUCGGGAAUAUCGUCGGGGGGAUGGGUAUGGUCGCGGGCAUGUACUAUUUAUGUUACGGUAAGAAGUAG